UUCUGGUACACUUCAUCUACUGUGCUACACACAGUUAGUGUGGACAAUAACUGUUGGAGAGAGUUAAUAGGUGCAACUUUCGACAUUCAUAACGCAUCUCUCCAUGGUGCCUUCCCGCGACUGGCAUUAAGCUAGCCAACAUGAGGGAAACUGCCCACGUUUCCGGUCUUGUUGCUGCUAAACCCGGCAGGUUGACACACGGCCCCGGAGUGUGACUUCUGACACUCCUCUCUCAGCAUGGAAAACACACCUCAGUCCAGGCUUUACCUCUAAAUAAACUUCACAGAAGUUACACCUUGUAACAUGGAUUCCUCUACAAACAGCUUGGAUGACGCGUCAGCAGACGGCAGCGCCGACUUCCCAGACCGACCUUCCAUGAUAGAGGUGCGUCUGCAGGCACAGGAGGAUGAGAUCACGCUGCUGAAAUCCUCACUGGCUGAUGCCUUGCGCAGGAUCCGCCUCCAUGAUCAGCUCUUACCGUUACUGAAACAGCAGCUCAUUGCAGUGAACCCAGGUGCUGCUCGAGUGCUGAACCAAGUGUGCUGCUCUGAUGGUUGCACAGGCAGCAAAAGACUUCCCUCAAGCUCAACCGUUGAUGGGAUCCGCCACCCUACUACCAGCCAACUGUCAGACAGCAUUGUGACCAAUGCCAAUGGCCACAUAGGAAGCCCAGUGUCCAUGACGCCAAGACCCAGACCAGCAACACUGGACAGGUCAACCCAGACAGAGCCCACCCUCCCAGGGCAGGGCACUGGGCAGGACAGGGUCCCUCUCCCCAGACGCGUCCAGAGCCUGCAACUGGAGGACGCCCUCCCUUCAGGGGAGCCUGUGGUUGAGGGGACGCGGGCCAAGCUCCACCGCGUCCCCGGCUUGGAAGAGGAGUAUGAGGAGGAAGAUGAGGAAGGAGGAGGGGAGCAGGAAAAGGCGCUGAGUUGGACGUCGUCCGUGGAGGAGCCCAUUCAGCCCACCACGAUCAGAUGCCUCCAGAGGGAGGACUUCCAGGACAGAAGCUGCUCCCCAGAGGAGCCGGGCUCUGUCCCGGCCACGGUCAGAACCUCAGACUCCAACCUCAGCUCCCGCUCCGGCCCCCUGUCUCCCAUCCAGGAAGGAGAGAAGAAACCGCUGGUUCGUAGGAACAGCGAGAAACUGGGGAACCUCGAGAAGCAGAGGAAACGUCUGGACAAGAAGGCGGCGUCCUCCGCCAACCUCCUCACCCGCUCCCCCAGCCUGGAGAACCGAGCUAAGGAGCUGGUCGCCGGUGCAGGAUCCCCCGGAUCCAGAAGAGGAACCUACAGCCAAGAACAGUCGAUCAAAAUGUUCAUCCGAGGCCGGCCGAUAACCAUGUACAUCCCCUCUAACAUCCAGAACUAUGAAGACCUGAAGAUGGAGCAACCCUCUGAGAGGCUGGAGUUGGAUUGGGUCUAUGGUUACCGGGGCAGGGACUGCCGAGCCAACCUGUACUUCCUUCCAACGGGCGAGGCGCUGUUCUUCAUCGCCUGUGUGGUUGUGCUUUACCACAUCAACAACCGCACACAGCGCCACUAUGACAAACACACCGAUUGUGUCCGCUGUCUGACCCUCCAUCCUGACAAGGUGCGCGUGGCGUCAGGCCAGACAGCAGGGGUGGAUAAAGACGGCAAGCCCCUUCACCCUUGUGUUCAUAUCUGGGACUCCACCACCCUGGUCACCCUGCAGACGAUCGGCCUGGGAACCUUCCAGAGGGGAGUGGGAUCCGUUGCGUUUUCCUUCGCUGACUCCGGAGCGUUCCUGUGUGUGAUCGACGACUCUAAUGAACACAUGCUUUCUGUGUGGGACUGCAACAAGGGGACCAAGCACGCAGAGGUCAAGAGCACCAACGAGGCUGUGUUCGCCGUGGAGUUCAACUCCAGCGACAGCACCAACAUCAUCACCUGUGGCAAGUCCCACGUCUACUUCUGGACACUCAGCGCGGGACAGUUCACCAAGAAACAAGGCAUCUUUGGGAAAUACAAGAAGCCCAAGUUCAUCCAGUGCUUUGUGUUCAGUCUGACUGGAGAUGUUCUGACCGGGGACUCUGAGGGGAACAUCCUGACCUGGGGGAAAUCAGCUGCAGAUGUCAAAACGCUGGGUAAAGGAGCCAAAGAGACCUUCCAGAUCAUGCGUCAGACCAGAGCCCAUGAGGGCAGCGUGUUCACCCUGUGCACCCUGCAGGGCGGCGCUCUGCUUAGCGGAGGAGGGAAGGACCGUAAGAUCAUCCGCUGGAGCGCCGACCUGGCACCCGAGAGAGAGUGUGAGAUUCCAGAAAAUUAUGGAGCAGUCCGUACCAUCGCAGACGUGUAUGGGGAGGAGCUUUUAGUUGGUACAACCCGUAAUGCCAUCCUCAGAGGCACCUUCUCAGACGGAUUUGUGGCCAUAGUGCAGGGUCAUGUGGAUGAGAUGUGGGGUUUGGCCACACACCCCUCUCAGAACAUCUUCAUCACCUGCGGCCACGACAGGCAGGUGUGUUUGUGGAACACAGAGGAACACAAGCUGGACUGGUGCAUCACGCUGGAGGAGUACGGGCUGUGCGCUGAUUUCUGCCCAAAUGGAUCAGUGGUCUCAGUCGGCCUCAACACAGGAAGGUGGAUGGCCCUCGACCUGCUGACCAGAGAGGUGGUCUCUGAGUCCACUGAUGGGAACGAGCAGCUGUCCGUCAUGAGAUACUCACCAGACGGCAGCUUUUUAGCUGUUGGAUCCCAUGACAACUUCAUCUACAUCUACAAUGUGACGGAGAGCGGCCGGCGUUACACCCGCUUUGGGAAAUGCAACGGUCACUCCAGCUUCAUAACUCACCUGGAUUGGUCCAAAGAUGGAAAGUACAUCAUGUCUAAUUCGGGCGACUAUGAGAUCCUUUACUGGGACAUCGCAGCAGGGUGUAAACUGUUGAGGAAUCGCUUUGAGAGCAAAGACAGAGAAUGGGCCUCCUAUACCUGUGUGCUGGGCUUUCACGUCAUAGGUGUGUGGUUGGAAGGCUCUGACGGCACCGACAUCAACGCCCUGUGUCGCUCCCACAGCGAGAGGAUGGUGGCCGUGGCCGACGACUUCUGUAAAGUCCACCUUUUCCAGUACCCCUGUCCGAAACCCAAGGCGCCGAGCCACAAGUACGAGGGUCACGGCAGCCACGUCACCAACGUCUGCUUCACCCACAGCGACUCCCACCUCCUCUCCAUGGGCGGGAAGGACACCUGCAUCCUCCAGUGGAGGGUGGUCGGAGGCGGGGCGGGCGACAGCAGGGAGAGGCUAGCCUCGGCCUCGUCCACCUCCACCAGCUCCCCGGAGCCUGCCAGCACCUAGGAGGGACAUCGGGUUAUUAACAGAGGAUGUUUACACCACCAGAUAGGCCGUCAGCCGGUGGACGGCAGCCGCCGUUAUGGGCUCUGCAGUGGCACUGCUGCGUCAGCUUCAUACAGAACAUGUAGAGGAAUCCUCUCCAGGAGGAAUGUCCACAUUAAAUUUACGCUUACACACCUCCAUCAUCAUGUGAAACUGGGCAGUGUGAUUCUUCCAUCAUUCUGUAGUGGUGAGGGCCGUUAGAGGCAGUGUUCUGUGACUAGACUUCUACAGCGACAUAGACUUUGGUUUCAGUCAACAUUCCUGUUUUAGUCCACCUUGUUUUAACAAACUAACCAAAGUGCUGCAUCGCGGCGUACGCCAUCGGGGCCUUUAAAGACGUGUACAUAAUGUAUUUACACAUUUUUUUUAAUAUUUCCAGCAGCGUUUGGUUGACAUCUCGCUAAUAGUGAAGCUGUUUUUUAAGCUUGCAUCAGUACGACUGUGACAAACCUGUUCAAUGAAAUCAAUUCUCAGCAUCUCUGAUUAAUUCAUCUCUCAAAGAGUAGAUCAUUACACUUGAAAACGAUUACUUUAGUGCAGUUUUAUAUAUAUUUAAGAAAAAAUUUGGGAAUACUGUGAUGUAUGUAUCUGCCAUGCUCUCAAUAAAUAACUGAAGA